GAGUUGUAGGCGCGCCGGGGCCACGCUCUCCCCGCACAAAGCUCGGCCCCCGCUGGCUGGAUGGGCGAGGCAGGCCGGGUUGCGGGGGCUUUUGGAGAAUCGGGGCCCCAUAGGCCACCUCUAGCCUCACCAGGCGGCUGUCCGCCGCACCUGGGUCUCCGCAGUAAACUUUCCUGUCUUUCACCCCUCCCCCCAGCCGUAAACCGAAAGCGUCGGUUGUCCAGCGGGGUGGGUGGGUGGUCUGAGGAUCGUGGCCCUCUCCAGGAGCCACUUUUUAAGUUUGGCCCGGGUUGCUCCAGACCUACCCUUUACUGAAGAGUGAUGGGUUAGCGCACCACCCACACCCGAACAGACCUGGGUACUUGCUAAAAUGCACAUGCCGGCAAUACCGAUCGCUAGGAGAAGGGCCUGGACAUCUGCAUAUUGAACAUACACCGCGGGACGGCGGUGCUGCGUGGGGUGUUCUCUGCGUGUCCAAGUUUGGGAUCUGUGGCCUCUCCCCUACCGUGCUGCUCUAGGAACGAAAUGGCUCCCCAGAGCUGCGGCCACGUGCUCUACCGCCCUGGGCAGGCAAGGCGGGGAUUGAGCCUUGCCAACAUUCCACUGACGCCUGAGACUCAGCGGGACCAGGAGCGGCGGAUUCGGCGGGAGAUCGCCAACAGCAACGAGCGGAGGCGCAUGCAGAGCAUCAAUGCGGGCUUCCAGUCCCUUAAGACCCUCAUCCCACACACAGAUGGAGAGAAGCUCAGCAAGGCAGCCAUUCUCCAGCAGACAGCGGAAUACAUCUUCUCCCUGGAACAGGAGAAGACCAGGCUCCUGCAGCAGAAUACACAGCUCAAGCGCUUUAUCCAGGAGCUGAGCGGCUCAUCCCCCAAGCGGCGGCGGGCAGAGGACAAGGAUGAGGGCAUUGGCUCGCCAGACAUCUGGGAGGACGAGAAGGCAGAGGACCUGCGGCGGGAGAUGAUCGAGCUCCGGCAGCAGCUGGACAAGGAGCGCUCGGUGCGCAUGAUGCUGGAGGAGCAGGUGCGCUCGCUGGAGGCCCAUAUGUACCCGGAAAAGCUCAAGGUGAUCGCACAGCAGGUGCAGCUGCAGCAGCAGCAGGAGCAGGUGCGGCUGCUGCACCAGGAGAAGCUGGAGCGGGAGCAGCAGCACCUGCGGACCCAGCUCCUGCCUACUCCGGCCCCCACCCACCACCCCACGGUGAUCGUGCCGGCACCGGCGCCCCCACCCUCCCACCACAUCAACGUCGUCACCAUGGGCCCCUCCUCGGUCAUCAACUCUGUUUCCACAUCCCGGCAAAAUCUGGACACCAUCGUGCAGGCGAUCCAGCACAUCGAGGGCACCCAGGAAAGGCAGGAGCAGGAGGAGGAACAGCGGCGAGCGGUCAUUGUGAAGCCGGUCCGCAGCUGCCCCGAGGCCCACGCCUCCGACACCGCCUCCGAUUCAGAGGCCUCGGACAGCGACGCCAUGGACCAGAGCCGGGAGGAGCCGGCGGGGAACGGGGGGCUUCCCUGACUACCCCCCAGCCCUCCUCUCCCUUCUGGGGGCUGGAGGGGGCGGGUAGCAACUGGGAGAGACGAGGGUGAACGAAUGAGGAAUUUUUACAAAAUUACGGCAUCAUUUGGGUCUCUUUUAUGACCUCUUUUUCAAUACUGUAAAUCGACCUUUGAGCAAAGCCACCCAACCCGAGGUCCGGGCUGGGGUGGCAGGAGCACGUGGGAGCACCGGGACACCUGGGGCUGGGCCUCGGCCCCGGAGGCUGGGGAAGCGGACACUGAGGUGCCUGGCCUCUCCGCCAAAAAGCAUUUUUUUCAUUGAACCAUGUUUUUAAGAACAGGGAAAAAAAUCAAACAAAACCCCAAUGUAUUUCUGCCCUCCCCAGAGCCAGCCCUACAACGGUCAGUUUUUAACUCCCCCUUCCCUCCUCUUUUUGGUGUUCUUCCUCCUUUAAGCACUUACAUGGGUUGGGGGUCCAGCUGGGGUCAGGGCUCUCCGAGGAGGGUCCGGGGGUCUAAGUUGCUUCUCGGUUGGGGUUUGCUGCUGCCCUUCUUCCCUCCCCUCCCCGACUUGUCUCAGCACUAGGAACCACCACUCUCCACCACCUCCGGGCCCUCACCUCUCCCUCCAGGUUUCCCAUCUUACACCCCAGAAAAGUCAUUGUCUCUCUCUUUUUGUUUUGUUUGUUGUUGGUUCUUUUUUGGUUUUGGUUUUUUUUUUUUUUGGGUUUUUGUUGUUUUGUUUUUUACAAUUUUGAGGUCUUUUUUUGUGUUCAAGGAGAAGCUAUUAUAUUUUGUUAAGAAAGUGGGGGGUAAAAACCAAGAGGCCACCGUGCCUUUAUAAAGAAACAAAAUAAAGUUUGUACUUUGUUUUUUA